GUUUAGUUCGCCAGCUCAUUUGACUGCUGCAAGCGUGAAAGUGAAAAGCAACCGUAACCGUAACAAUAGUCGACAUCAGCAGCAGCAGCAGCAGCAGCAGCAGGAUACCGCUACUGGCAUCUGUCAUCUGACAUCUGCUGGCUCUGGCUCUAUCUUUGACUCUGGGUCUGGCUCUGGGUCUCGGUCUAGGUCAGUCAUGCGCGCGAUCGGCCGCUGGCGAGCAGCGACAACAUGAUGAAGCUAUUGUCACCCCAUCAUCAUCAUCAUCAGCAGCAGCAACGGCAGCGACAACAACAGCAGCUGGCUCUGGCCUUGCGCUGGCUCUGCCUGCUGCUGCUGGUGCACAACGCCGCACAGUUUGAGACAGACUGCGGCUGCCAGCCGCGAGGACGCGAGGCACGCAUUAUUGCUGGCGCCAGCACGCAGGAGGGCCAGUUUCCGUGGCAGGCAUCGCUGGAGCUGCUGCAUCCCUCGCUGGGCUUCCUGGGCCAUUGGUGCGGUGCUGUGCUCAUCCAUCAGUAUUGGAUACUCUCUGCUGCCCACUGUGUGCACAACGAUCUCUUUAAUCUGCCCAUUCCGCCACUGUGGACGGUGGUGCUGGGCGAGCACGAUCGCAACGUGGAAUCGGGCAACGAGCAGCGCAUUCCCGUGGAGAAAAUUGUGCUGCAUCAUCACUACCACAACUUCCGGCACGACGUGGUGCUCAUGAAGCUCUCCAAGCCGGCGGAUCUCUCCCGCACCUCCUACAUACGACGCAUUUGCUUGCCCUUCAUGCUGCGCGAGCGGCCAGUCCAGGAGGCGACAGAGUCAGAAUCAGAUGAUGACAUGCUCAGCCAACAGCUCGAGCUGGACGACGUGCCCGAGAAGAUCGACAAUUUCCUGCGCAGUGCGCAGAGUCGUAGGCGCUACCGCAACGUGACUGCGCCCAGCUCCAUCAACAUGUCCAUGCGCGAGCUGAUGAAUAUGAAGAUUCUGAAUCGCUUGCGUAAUUCGCUGCGGCAGUCGCAGCGCUCCCCGCGCAGCCUCAAGCGCACGCGACGGCGCAACGACAAGCUGAUGAAGCUGCAGCUCGAGUCGGAGCAGGAGACGCAGUUCGCCAGGGGCCAGGACCCGGACGAGCUGCCCUUCAUGGACUGCGUGGCCACCGGCUGGGGCAAGGCGAACAUCAGCGGCGACCUGUCCAGCCAGCUGCUCAAGACACAGGUGCCACUGCAUCAGAAUCGCAGAUGCAUAGACGCCUACGGUAGCUUUGUGAAUAUUCACGGCGGACACUUGUGCGCCGGCCAGCUGAACGGAGAGGGCGGCACCUGUGUGGGCGACUCCGGCGGACCGCUGCAGUGCCGGCUGUCGCACGACGGACCCUGGAUACUGGCCGGCGUCACCUCGUUCGGUUCGGGUUGUGCCCUGGAGAACUUUCCGGAUGUCUAUCUGCGCAUCUCGUAUUACCUAAACUGGAUUGAGGACACGAUUGCCUCACAUUAAGGCCACAGUCCGUCCAGCGCUACUCUCAAAUCAAAUGUGAAACGAUACACGAUAGUCGAUAGUUGUUAAUUGUUAAUCGCUUAUCGUUAGUUGUUUACAGUUAUCAUGCUGCGUAUAUUUAUCGAGUGCAAACUUAGCUGUACAUUGCAUGCGACUACGAAUCUGAAUUACCGUUAACCUUAAUUUUUACAUAAGCAUAAAAUGUUCCCUAAGUUGUUUCCGUUGAGCAGAAUAUAAUCCACACCAAAUCUC